AGGGGCCGGUGCGUUCUCGCCACCGCUCUUUGCAACCUGCGGGGGCCGGUGCAUGCCCGGCGAGAAGCCGGGCCGUUGCAGGUGCGUGCAGCCUCGGAGGAGACGACCCUCCCCCCCCCCCAACUCGGGCGAAGAGAGCUGCAAGCCACGGGCAGGCGGUCGAGCGAGAGGAAGCAACAAAGACAAGCUGCAGCUGGGGCCGGCUAGAGGGGCCGCGGCCGCCGGGCUCCUGGCGCGGGCGGAGAGGGCGCCCCGGGGAGCUGCAGCCCUGAUCAGGACCCGGAGGGGAGGCGCAGCGCCGCCCGCCGGACGCGGUGAGCACAGGCCCCGGCGAGGAUGCGCCGCCUGAGCGCCCGAGCGGCCCGGGUGCCGGGCGGGCACGACCCCCGCUGAGCCGAAAGAACCCCCACCCCGGACUUCGGACGGCGCGGGCCGGAGCCUGGAUCGACCUCACCGACAGCGUCCCUUCCCACCUGGAGAGAGGCAUCGGCCCCCAAGGGGGGCUUCCUCAGGCAGCCUCUGCCACCUCUGCAUGGCUGCAACCCAGCAAGCGGAGAGUCGUCCCCUCUGAGACCUGGUGCCCUUCGACGGCCUGGCUGAUUCGGGACCCCGCCACAGAGCGCGCCCCGCUGCGGGCCCCCAGCUCAGCCAUGCUGGCCUGUCUGCAGAGGACCCAGAACGCCCCCGGCCAACACCUGGCCUGCCCGACCAAGAGCCUGGAGCUGCGCAAGUGCGAGACGGUAGGCAGCUCCAUGCAUUCCUCCCGCUACCCGAGCCCGGCCGAGCUGGACGCCUACGCCGAGAAGGUGGCCAACAGCCCGCUCUCCAUCAAGAUCUUCCCCACCAACAUCCGCGUGCCCCAGCACAAGCACCUCAGCCGCACGGUCAACGGCUAUGACACCAGCGGCCAGCGCUACAGCCCCUACCCGCCGCACACGGCCGGCUACCAGGGCCUGCUGGCCAUCGUCAAGGCGGCCGUGUCCUCCUCCUCCGGCGCGGCCGCGCCCACCGGGCCCGCCAAGAGCGUGCUCAAGAGCGCCGAGGGCAAGCGGACCAAGCUGUCCCCGGCCGCCGUGCAGGUGGGCGUCGCGCCCUACCCGGCGCCCAGCACGCUGGGGCCCCUGGCCUACCCCAAGCCGCCCGAGGCGCCCGCCCCGCCGCCCGGCCUGCCCGCGGCCGCGGCCCCCGCCGCCGCCGUCAUCCCCCUGCCCGGCCGCGGCCUGCCCCUGCCGCCCUCCAACCUGCCCUCCAUCCACAGCCUCCUCUACCAGCUCCACCAGCAGUGCCAGGCCCCCGGCGCCGCGCCCGCCGCCUGCCAGGCCGUGCCCGGGCCCCCGCCCAGCCCGGCCAAGCACGGCCCGGUGCCCGGCUUCCCCCGCGCCGCCUACUCGGCCACGGCCGGCCCGCCCGAGUGCCGGAAGGGCGCCGAGCUGGGCCAGGGGAGCACGCCGGCGGCCUUGACGUUGGCCGGGGCCGCCAAGCCCGCGGGCUACGCGGACGGCGGCCUGGAUUACCUACUGUGGCCCCAGAAGCCGCCCCCGCCGCCGCCCCCCCAGCCCCUGCGGGCCUAUGGCGGCGGCGCGCUGGCCAGCAAGUCCCCCGAGGCCUGCGGGGGACGGGCAUACGAGCGGGCCAGCGGGUCGCCCCUCAACUGCGGCGUGGGGCUGCCCGCCAGCUUCACCGUGGGCCAGUACUUCGCCGCCCCCUGGAACAGCGUGCUGGUGACCCCCACCAGCGACUGCUACAACCCCGCGGCUGCGGCGGCGGCGGCGGCGGCAGCGGCGGCGGCCGGGACCGAGCUGGGGCCGGGGGCGGCCCGGGAGCUGGCGGGGCCCCCGGCCGAGACCCUCUCGGGCCUGCCCAGCAAGAGCGUGUGCAACACGGCCGUGCUCAGCAGCAGCCUGCAGUCGCUGGAGUAUCUCAUCAACGACAUCCGGCCGCCCUGCAUCAAGGAGCGCAUGCUGGGCAAAGGCUACGAGACGGUGGCCGUGCCGCGGCUGCUCGACCACCAGCACGCCCACAUCCGCCUGCCCGUCUACAGAUAAGGGCGGCGGCACCCGCACGGACCGACGGGCAGGGCGCCGAGGAGGCAGGGGUGGGCGGGGAGAGGCAGGCCGCAGAACAGGGUGGGCGGCACGCGGGGCGGUGGGGAUGGGGACAGCCCGGCCCCGGGUCCGAGUGCCCCCCACCCCGAUGCCCACAGGGAAGCCAGGCUGGCGGCCCGCCAGCUGCCGCCGAUGGGGAGUUGGCCAGGUGACCUCUCGCUCGCCGACGCCCCUCCCCACCAUCCGCUGCCCCGGCCAGCCCUCCGGGGAGGCCUAGGGGCAGCCACCCCCCAGGUCCAUACCUCCCUCCAUCCAAGCUGGCGGAGGCCGGGAGAGCAAAGAAGCGGUUCUUCCCGGCUGUCCUGGAGAGGGGCUCAGGCCGCAGUGGGGCACAGGAGGAAAUGUGAUGGUCUGGGGGCGGGGGUGGGAUCGGAGCAGGCCCCUCUCCCCCGGCUUAGCUCCUCCCUCUUGUGGUCCCAGUCUCCAGGAGAAAGAGCAGAGGGGGCCCACAGCGCCCCUGCCCCCCCACUGCCUACUCCCAGUGAAGAUCAGACAAGAGGCUCCGGAGAAUGCUGGUCCCCCUGCUCCUCCCCUUCUAGACCCUCUUGCCCUCCCCACCAUGCCUUCCCCACAAAGAAUCCCAUCUCCAUUCUCCAAACCCUGGACCACCACCUUCCCCCUUCCCAACAGGACCUCUUAUGGGGGGGCUGCCGGGCACAAUUGUGCAGGUUGUGUACUGCACAAGGGCAAACUCAUCCAAGGAGGCGUCAUUUGCAUCCUAGACGUGUAUGUUUAUGACGGCAAAUUUUCUGAAUCUCGAGGAAGGGGCAGCAUUGACCUAUUCGCACAAAGGCGCCAUAGGGGCUAACAGUGUCAGAGGGCUCAGACCCUGCUUCCUUCAGGGGUCCUCCCAGGAGCCAGUGCCAGGGCAAACUGCUGGUUUUAACUGGGAGAUCCAAUCCACCCCCUUUUCCUGCAAGCCACCCUCCAAGACCUGCCCCACACCACUUGGGAGGGGGGAAUCAGGCAGGCAUGGGGGAGCCCCCCAUUAAGUCCCUAAGGCCCAAUUUCCCCAAGUCCUGGCCCCUCUGGCACUCUGGAAGCGGUACUGUAUCUCUCUCCAAGGCCUGUUCAAGCACUAAGUGCAUUUACGAAUCUCUGAGAAUGUUUUUUUUUAUAUACUAAAAUUGACCAUUAUAUUCUACUGUGAGAAGUACGGUCUGCACUAUAUUGUUUUAAAAACGAAGAGAAAGAAAAGGAAAACACA